AUGAAAGAUAUUCCCAAGUUUUCAGAUAAAGUCGAUAUCGGUAUCCCGGAUAUUGGCAGCGAUACUGUCGGCUCUCCAGCAUCACAAUCUCCUGGAAUUUCUUCAUUCUCAAUCAAUUUAAGCAGUGAUGAUGAUGGAUCAAAUUCGUCACAAUGUCCUAUUGGAGCGAAGAAAGGAAAACUUAAAAGAAAACUUUCUGAAGUCAGGCGUGUCCCUGUCUCCAACAAGUGUGUGAUCCACCGAUUCACUGAGUGA